AUAUUCACAUUUCUAAAAAGCUCAACUCGAAAACAUUGUUUAUUUCAACCAGCAGGGGUGCAACUUACCGUGAUCCACCAUAGCCCGGCUCAGAAAUGUACUCCCGAAGGUGAUCAUUCUUCACUUGAUUCAUCAGGGGUAGACACAGCGCUUUUCUACAUGUGACGUCACUAAAGAGCGCCGAACUCAAGUUUCCAAAGUUUAAUGUGGAGUCAUGGCUAGCUGAUGGACAAAAAGAUGGAGGAUAUUAAUCUAGGACACAGAUGCCUCCCAAAUCUGAGGCGUCGAGUCAGAGACAUUGGGGACGGGCACCCAGUACAGGAACGCUACAUGCGUUUGCUGAAGGAUGGAGAGACACUCAGUUACCAAGGGAACUCAGAAGAAGUGGGUUGCUAUGUGGAUCCUUUAUCAAAGGGAAAUUGCUACUUUGAGGUGACAAUAGUGGACACCGGUGUGAGAGGGACCAUCGCCGUAGGCCUGGUGCAUAAAUUCUACAGGCUGGACCACCAGCCAGGCUGGCUUCCAUACUCUGUAGCUUACCACGCUGACAACAGCAAGUUUAACAAUGGAAACCCUGUGGGGCAGCAGUUUGGGCCAAAAUGUGUCUGUGGUGACCGCAUCGGCUGUGGAAUUUAUCCCAAAACUAUUGAAGCAGGUUUCAAAACAGUCUUUUUCACCAAAAAUGGCAAAGAGGUGGGGUCAGUGAAUGUUCUUGUCAUGGCAGAAGGGCUUUUCCCUGCAGUAGGAAUGCAUUCCAUGGUGGAAGAAGUAAAGGUGGACCUGCAAGCAGAGUGGUUCUUGAAAGAGGACGACAUUGUGAUGAUGGUGGACAGCCAUGAAGAUGACUGGGGUCGACUUAAUGACGUCAGAGUGAGCGGCACGGACGUUCUCCCAGAAGGAUUUUGGCUUCCUCAGCUCUUGGAGUACAUUGGCAAAGGAAAAAGCAUAAUGGAUGUGGGUUUAGCUCAGGCCCGACAGCCACUUACCCCCUGCUGCCAUUACUACGAGGUGGAGAUCGUUGAUGCCAGGGAAAAGUGCUACAUAGCUCUGGGUCUGGCAAGGAGGAACUACCCCAGGAAUAGACACCCAGGAUGGAGUCGUGGAUCGGUGGCCUACCAUGCAGGCGAUGCAGAUGACUGGGAUCAGAUGGAAGUCUUUUCUGGUCAAGCGGACAUUCAGAAAAUUGUGUAUCUGAAUUUGGACAAGGAGGUGGAUGAGGAGGAAGAUGGUGACAGAGAGGCGGGACAGGAUGUUAGGAAGGUCAUGGUGUUUUUCACGAGAAACAGGAAGCUCGUGGGUCGGAGAGAGAUGGCGCUUCCCCCCGGCGGCCUCUACCCCACCGUGGGGAUGCUGAGUAACGGCGAGAAGGUCAAGGUGGACCUCCAUCCUCUCAGCGGAUGAGCUGGACGCCCUCGCCAACGAGCUCUCUGCCGAACAGCUGGCUGUGCCGCAGAGCAGGGGCCCCAGUAGGCACGCAGGCCCCCACUCAGCCCACUUAUUCAAGAACCCGUGCUUUCUUGGAAAUGUCCCCACCAUCCCGGCACUUCAGAUGACUGCGACGCUUGGAAUCCCCUGGGUUGUAAAUCCAGUGCAAUGUGUUCUCUGUCAGCUGUGUGCGGCUGUCAUCGCUGAGGUCUGGCAACCUCGCUCCACUUUUAUUACAUUUGAGGAGACUCCAAGGAAAGCUGACUAGUGCCAUGUCUUUCCUCCGGGCCUCUCUCACCACCCUUCUCUCGCCCUCUCUCUCGCUUUGGCAGAGCGCGCCCUCUAGCGGCCGAGCACAGACAUGCCAUCCUAGUCAUUGUUACCCCCAAAUGUUUUCUGCGCAUGGCUUUGCUGCAACCACAUCAAGAUGCUCGGAGCCACUUCGUCAGGUAUGUUUUCUUCACAUGCAAACACUUUAAUCGAUGUUCAGCGCAAAGCAAUCAGGGAAUGUUCUUUUUUUUGGUUUUUAUUUGCUUGAAGUUGUGUUGAAAGAGAGAACUUUACGUACGUCAUGCUGUCACAAAAACAACCACAGAGCCAAAAGGGACGCAUUCUGGUUUAAUGCACUUCAAAAGUUUAUUAACCCUUACUGUAAAUGUUACUUAUUAAUUAUUUUUGUAUAAAUUAUUUUUAUUGGCCAUAUUUUUUUUUUUAUUGUAAUUUACAAAGGUGUUGAAUAAUUUGAAGUGCAACACUCUGACCUUGUUACUCAUGUUAUGUUACAUCUCAUUCUCAGAUGGUUUGUGUGUUUGUAAGCUGAACACUGUAAAGAUUUACUCAAGAUGUUUGGUGCCACAAAACUAGACUAGAGUGUGCCUGGAAAGUAUUCACAGUCCCAUUAUGUUAUGUCAGUCUAAUUCCAAAAUUGAAUACAUUAAUUUUUCUUUCCUUUGGCAGCAAUUACAGCCUCAAGUAUUUUUGAACAUGACGCACUUUUGCCCAUUUUUCUUUGCAGGACCUGUCAAGCUCCAUUGGAUUCAACAUGAAGCAUUGUUUUUCAUCCAGGAUGUCUCUGUACAUUACUGCAUUCAUCUUUCUCUCUAUCCUAACUAGUCUCUAAGUUCCUGCCGCUAAAAAAUAUCCCCCCAGUCUGAUGCUGCCACCACCAUGCUUCACUGUUCAGUUCAGUUUCAGUUUAUUUCGAACAUGCAUAUGAUACAAUGUAAGGCUUCACAUAUUUCCAGUAGUUUCAUUACAGUAUGUCCGAAAAGGAGUAGGAAGAAGCAGAGUUUAUUUAAUCCCACCCAUUUUCAUAUCAUUAGAUUAGAUAGUACUUUAUUUAUUCCGUCAGGAGAGUUCCUUCAGGAAAAUUAACAUUUUCAGCACAAUCCCAUUCAAGAUCAGACAAACAUUACAGGGAGACAGAACAGGAUCGCUGAUGGGUCUGCUGGCUUCCAGCGCCCCUUACAAAAAAGAUGAGAUACAGGUAAACAAGGGGAGGGUGGGAGAAAAAAAUAGAAGAUUAAAUAAGAUAAAAAAAAUCAGUGUUAGCCUGGGCCCUGGAGAGGGGGUGCAGACUGAGGCCAAGGGAAAAAAACAACUCAUAGCCAUAGUACACAUCUCUCUUACAUGUGUGUAAGAGGGAAACAUCAAACAUCAAAGAACACAAAGGACAUUAAAGCAGCAGGUACAAUCAGACACUUCUACAUACAGCUAUGAAUAAAAAGUAAAAGAAACAUAUACACUGUGGAUAUGUUUUUAUCCCAUUUCCUUUUUCUCUAACAGAAUAGUGAAUAAAUAAAUAAUACACUAUAGUAAGUAAAAAAAUAUUACAUACAUAAUCUUUAAUCUAAAAACAAAAACAAAAAAAGGGUUCAAGAUCGUGAUCACUAGGAGUGCCUGUUUCCUCCAAAAAUGAUGCCUGGCAUUCACUCAACCAAGUUAAAUUUAUUUAUUGCUGCAGAGAUGGUUGUUCUUCUGGAAGGUUCUCCUGUCUCUCCACAGAGGAAUGCUGUAGCGCUGACAGAGACCUCCCUGAUUAGACUAAGAUGAAUGCAGCGAUGUACAGAAACAUCCUGGAUAAAAACCAAUGCUUCAUGUUUAAUCUAAUGGAAUUUGAGAGGUGCUGCAAAGUGGAAUGGGCUUAACUACCUAAAAGCAGGUGUGCCAAGCUUGUGGCGUCGUAUUCGAAAGGAUGCCAAAGGUGCAUCAACAUAGUAUCGAGCAAAUGCUGUGAAUACUUUUUUUAUUUUAAUGUACAAAAAUUUUAUGAAAAAACUUUUCACCUUUUCGUUAUUUAUUCUGUUCUAUUUGGGACGGCGUGGCGCAGUGGAAGAGUGGCCGUGCGCAACCCAAGGGUCCCUGGUUCAAUCCCCACCUAGUACCAACCCUGUCACGUCCGUUGUGUCCUGAGCAAGACACUUCACCCUUGCUCCUGAUGGGUGCUGGUUAGCGCCUUGCAUGGCAGCUCCCUCCAUCAGUGUGUGAAUGUGUGUGUGAAUGGGUAAAUGUGGUAGUAUCAAAGCGCUUUGAGUACCUUGAAGGUAGAAAAGCGCUAUACAAGUACAACCCAUUUAUCAUUUAUUAUUUAUUUAUUCAUCAUUUUAGGAUAGGGCUGUAACAAAAUGUGAAGCGCUUUGAAUGCUUAUGAGCCACGAGCGACCAAAAAGCAAAUGUUAUUUAAACUGCAAUACUGCAUGUUAGGAUUACAAGUAUUGAUUAGUAAGAGAUCACAUCUUUUUUGGACCUCAGCAGCUGUGUCAUUUUUGGUCAGUUAAAAUGUCACAAAAUAGUCCCCAUCAACAUUGAAAUAAGUUGUGUCCAAUUUCUGCUGCUUGUGUUUGACGUUGCGUCUUCGUAUUAUGAAGUGUCAACGUUAAAAACACCUUUUGCACUAAUUUUGUUUUACCAAUACAAUUAUUUAAAAUAUCUAGUUGAACCCUGUAAAAAAGAAAACAUGAUUUAAAAGUGUCUUAGCAGCAAAAUUGGUGAAAACACAAACUUACUGUGAGAAUUAUAAAAAUGAAAUUUGACUUCAUGGUGCCUUCACAAGCUACUUGUAACAAUUGAUUCCUUGUUUUGUAAUCAGGUUUUUUGUGAUUGUUGUUGGAGUUGAACGUGACUCAAGUUACUUUGCUUAAAGGAAAACAAAGGUCUAUCUUGGAUUAGCUGUGUUGAACUCUGGAAGUCCAAAGAAACUAGUUUUACUUCCAUACUGAGAAAUAUGUCAGGAACAAUCAUGUUCUUGAAUGAAUUGGUGUUAAAAUACACAGUGGCUUUGAUUUUGUUACAAAUUAAUUCAAGUUUCAGUACCAAGCACAUUUUCUAAAAAAAAAAAAAAAGUGUUGCAUGUGCAGCAGCCAGAGAAGACAUUUUUACCCAAUCACUUAUUUUAUUAAAUUCUUGAAUCAGUAUACUGCCUUGUUUAUCAACUCAUGAACGGUAAUUAGAUAUCUGAUAAACACAUUAUGGAAGUAUGAUGGUCAUUUUCAGCCGUGGAUUCAUAGAUGUGUGACUCAGACAAAAGCAUUUUGUACACAAUUUAUUCAAACAGUAGCAAAACAAGGUAACGUUUGCACCCUUGGUUUAAAAACAGUACAUUCAAACUAGAUUGUUCAUUUAUAAAUGUUUACCAAAUGGUUUUGGAAAUGGACACACUGAGUGUCAAUGGUCAUUUCCUGAGUAAUGUUUGUGUUUAAAAACUAAACCAAUUGAAAAUAAUAGUUGUCGUAUCUUAAAAGCUCUUUCGGGCCACAUUUAAGUUGGUGUUGAAUAAUUCCUAUCUUUGGGCUUUGUACUGAACAAUAUAAUAGGUCUGCUUUAAAUAUGGUAAGAUAAAAAGGUGAGAGGAACAAAAGGACAGUAAAAAUACCGUUGGAAUGGCUUUGAAUGUAGAAAGGAGGCACAGUUCAAAAGCUCAGUAGCGUUCACCAUCAACACAUGCGACAGGGCAGCCAUCUUUAGAAAUCCUCCUCUUCUUCCUCCCCGUCAUCAUAGAAGCGGUUUCGCUUGAUCAUUUCCUCCACGCUCAGCGCCUCUUGCUCCGCCUUGUCCUCCACUUCCUCCCCCUCCCAGAAGCCCACAUCCUGUGGCGACCUGCUGGCCUCCACCUCCUCCUCAUCAUCUUCAGUAGAAGACGUCUCGUGUUUGGUAGCGGGCAUCU